AUGAGACGGCAAGUAUGCGUGCAUUUGGCCGCCUUUGUGACUAUUACAACUGUCGGAGCUUUCGACGAAAAGCCCUUCCGUGUUCAGGACGACGUUCUUGGAUUUCCUCAAUAUGAAAUACAAUUUCUUGAUGAAUAUAUCUUAGUCGAUGACGUAUCUUCGUGGCUCCCGAAAUCAUUCUACCGCAAGACCAGUAGUGCGACAACCGCUUUGCCUUCUCGGUCGUCUACAUCGUUGCCUCUCGUUUCUCAGACAGAUGGUACAGAGUUAUCGGAACCAGACGUGUCAAAUGAUAGUGCCAAAAAGCAAGGUGCAGCUAGUUCGGAAUCCUCCCAGGAAGAUGAUUCCAUAGUUGCUUAUGAAGAAAUGGUUAUCGGAAGCCAAAAAUUCAUCUGUAGCAUUCCCACGCCUCAUUCGGGUAACUUGACUGGAAACGACCAAACCCCCCCAGAUCAGGCAAAGGAACUAUCACGGGCGACGCAUAGGGGGCUGGAACUACUUAAAGACAUGGAAGGCCGGUGCAUGUAUUAUGCUGCCGGCUGGUGGUCAUAUUCAUUUUGUUACAACAAUCAGGUGCGACAGUUUCAUGCAUUAGUGCCUGGAAAUGGCGCCCCGAUCUACCCACCAACAGAAGACCCAGCAGCCCAGUCAUUUGUACUAGGAAGGUUUCUCAAAGAUUUCAAAGGGGAAAAGAGUAGUAGCAGGUUUCGGAAAACCACGACUGAAAUUGCCACCCGGCAAGCCGAUGGAGAUUCAGACUCGUGGUAUCUCGUACAGCAUCUUGAUGGUGGAACGCCUUGUGAUCUUACUGGCCGAAACCGAAAGAUUGAAGUGCAGUUCCAUUGCCAUCCACAGUCCACCGACCAUAUUGGUUGGAUAAAAGAAAUCACAACAUGUUCAUAUCUUAUGGUUAUAUAUACGCCACGUCUCUGUAACGAUGUUGCCUUUCAACCACCACAGGCAGACGAGCCCCACGUGAUUAAAUGCCGGCAAAUGAUUUCACCUAGUGGAAUUCCUGAUUGGGAGAGUAUGAGACGAGCACGGAUACAGCAAACUCUGAAAAAGGCUACGUCCAACGCACUCCCUAGUAUUGGGGAUAUCGAAGUUGGCGCGAUGAAGUUAGUCGGAAGGGACGGGAAGAAGAUUGAAAAAGGCAGAGUUGCGUCUAUUGGCGAAGAGAAGGUGGAAAUCAUUGCCAUAAGUGAGGGCGGCGAAGUUCAUAGGUUGUCCCCAGAAGAUUUAAAAAAAUAUAAUCUAGACCCGGAGAAAAUGGAGGUGCUUAAAAAGCAACUAGACGAGCUUGCAAAUGGCAAGGACUGGAAGAUGGAAGUAGUCGAUGCCAAUGGCCAGCGGGGGUUGCGCGGAAUUAUCCAGACAGACGAGGAUAAUGAUGAAAUGGACCUCCAGGAACAGAAUAAUGAUCCGAAGAAGCGAGAAAAAAAACGCCUAAUGAAGGAUUUAAGGCGCAAAGAGCCAAAGAAAGACGAGGCGGAAGAAGGAAGUGAUGAAACAUACAAGAAAGAGUUGUGA